UUAUAUCAAAUCUUGCUUCGAUUAGUUUCGUUACGGGUGUAACAUUAGUGUAACAUAGAUAUCAUUCUUAAUUCACAUUCAUAUUUACAAGACUCGACUGCCAUCAUGCUAUUAAAAGAGAACAAAAAGUUGAGCGAUAUAAAAGUGUACCUAAGCCAGGCAAUAAUAAAAAAAAGAGAUACCUAGAUGGAUAAGAGUUCUGUUGACUAGAUUCUGAAUAGUAGGAUAAAUGAAGGUCUGAAUUUCACUUACCUUUAGUACAGAUAAAUUGGCCCCAUCGUUUUGUGGUUAGCAAUUUUGUGUUCUAAAGUAUUACAGGAUCUUUCAUUAAGACAAAGGUUAUUACUGUACCACUCCCACCACUGUAGACACUAUAAGCUGGGAUAUAGACAGGUAUACCCCAAAAAAAGAAAAUAAAAAAAUAAGCAAACAAAAAUGGAGGUCUUAUAACUCCUAAUUUUACCACUUGAAUUAAAGAACUGAAGCUUCUCGCAUUAUACUCAGAGCCUAAAAGCAACACAGUUGUCACAUUUUUAAUAACUACACUAGGGCAGCCACGAUCAAGAAGCGACGUUGAGAUCCUAACGACCCGUCACCAUGACUAGGAAGUAAAGUUAUCAUACAGUUAAUGUCAAAUAUCCUCUUUGCAUUAGAUAUGAUGAAUAAUCCCAAGUUCUAAUAUGAACGGAGGUAUUAGAAAAGUGUCCCAAAGGCAGUAACAUUUUGAAUUAGAUAUAUUAAAUUCUCGUGUUUUAUGCCCAGGCACGUUUUCAGGGUCACGGCAGUGAAGGCGAGAUUCCCUUCCUGUCAAGCUGUAUAGUAUAUUUUCAUCCACACGUCGAUAUACUGAAAUAGAUGACAAACAAGAAGGCUGAUAAAUAAGUUUAAAGAUAAUAACCCCUCCAAAAGUGUAUUGAAAUAUUCCAUGACUACUGUUAACCAUUCCCAGUUAAUUAGCUAUGUCUCAUAAUAUCACAGAAGUCACAGUAGUGCCUCAGACGGGUUUAAGACACACGGCUACACUUAUUUUUAUGCAUGGCUCGGGGUGGAAUGGAGUUCUAUCCAAGAACGAUUUGGAAAUGGUUUUCGGACAGGAAUUCUCUUUUCCUCACAUUCGGGUUGUAUACCCAACGUCUCCAGAAAGACCCUAUACACCAUGCAGUGGAAUGUUACAGCACGUCUGGUUUGACAGGCAGGCAGUGGACAUCAGUGCACAAGAGGAUGUUUCUUCCAUCAAACUCAUGGCAGAAGAGCUCAAUAAACUGAUAGACAAGGAAAUCAGUUUGGGAAUUGAUGUUAAAAGGAUUGUCAUUGGAGGCUUCUCAAUGGGAUCCAGUAUGGCUCUGCAGAUGGGCUAUUGUUUCCGACCUGAUGUUGCAGGAAUCAUUGCUCUGUCUUCAUUCCUUAACCAGACGAGCAAUGUUUAUAAGGUCCUGGAGACAGAGCCAGAAGGAGAACGUCCCCCCUUGUUCAUGUGCCAUGGUGACAGUGAUAAGGUCGUUCCCUUUGCUUGGGGUGAACGUACUUUUGCACAGCUACAGCAGAGAGGAGUCAAGGGAGAGUUCCAUUCAUUUCCAGGCUUGAAUCAUAGUCUUUGCAAAAGGGAAGUUGAGUUAAUGAAGAAAUGGUUGGUGGAUCUAUUACCUGAUGUGUGAUUACUGACUGGAGACACACAUGCACACACACACACACACACGCACACGCACAUGUACUCUAAAAUUAUAUUUGUCUAAGUGAAGACCAUACAUAACAUAGCUUUAAACUAUCAACAUAAUUUCACAAAACAGCAAGUGUUUAUAGAAGGUAGAAUUACAGUUCACCAAAGCAUACCUUAUACAGCCAAAUAUGUGUUCACUAUAUAUUUUUUUAUGUUUAAUAAACUAUAUACAGCAUGAUUAAUUGAUUCUUUAUUAAUCUAAGCACCCAAAUGGCUUGUCUAUAUUAAGAAUUCAUUGUUGUUAAAUCUUCCACUGGAUUUGUUGUCUUCAGCAUAUUUUUGGGUUGCAUAUGUUGUUAUAAGUAGUUACUGUUAAAUUCAAUAUUAUAUAUUUUUCAUAGUAUAUACUGACCUAUGCAUAUUUUGUUAAGUGAGGCAUCACAUAAAUUGAUUAAUAUCCUAUUAAUGUAGUCAAACAAAUGGAUAUAUUACCUUGUAUGUGAUUACUAAUUGAGAUACAGGGUUCAGUGUUAAUCCCUCUAGGUUAACAGUAUUAAAUGCAUUUGUAGAUUGCAUAUAUUGUCUUAUGUAGUUAUGAUUCACAUAGUUCAUGUUGAUAUAUAUCCCUCUGACUGAUAAUAAAAUUUGUGUAUUUUUUAAAUUUUUUCUUUGCCUGUUUUAUAGCUUUAUACCCUCAACAGACUGUAACCUUGCACAUGAAGUCAUUGCAGAAUGCUUUUGGAUCAGUUGUAGGCUUCUUGCAGCUCAAGAAGACAUUUACUUCAGUGCAUCAUGAAUCACUCUGGGAGAUCCUGAGACUUAAGGGAAUCUCAGCAAAGAUUAUUGGAUUCAUAAUAAGUCUACAUAUUUUUAACAAAAAUGCUAUAAAGCAGUUUGGGGCAUGUUUAACUUCCUUUCCGUGAAUCCUGCCAUGAGGUAAGGCUGUACUGUUGCACCAGCACUGUUUCUUGUAGUGGAUAUUAGGUAGAGCUGUUCAUCGAAAGUACAAUGCAGAGGACCUUAGGUGAUAUUAUGGUCACUAACCUUAACUUUACUGAUGGUGUUGCUAUCUUAUCUUAGGAGUGCAUUAGCAAUGAAGCAAGGGUCUUGGGUCCAGAGGUCUCCUGAGUCAAGAUCAAGAUCUAAGACUUAGAAGGUCCCGUGGUGAAGACAUCCAAGUCACACAGAGUUUAAGAUAUUUUGUUAGUGCUGUUCAUGAUUCUAGGCUAUCAGACCAGGAAGUCGACAGACAGAUUAACCUGAGUGGCAGGAGUUACGAACUCUCUCAACAGGAGUAUCUAGAUAUGUGGAUACUUCUGUAGAAAGACCAGCUCUUGUAUCUUAGAGUCUCUCUUAUGCCUUUACUGUCAGACUGUGGGAUAUAGGUAACAAGAUGUGUGUCCAAACAAUGUCCUGUGCUGUAGUAACCCAUGACUCUGGGACUACUAACCCACGCUAUAUUGACACGGCUCGACCCUCUGAAGAUGUUCCCGCCCAGUUAGAUCUCUAUGGCAGCAAUCCUGGGUGGAGAAGGUUCUCUAAAUGGUCUGCCUCCGUCAGUGGCGUCAGUGGAGGGGUGGGGCGCUGUGGAGGCAGUUGCACCCCCCCCUCUCCCAAGCCUGUUUGUCCCCAACCGGGGCCAUAAUUUUAACUUUUUAAAAAACUAUAUAACACUUAUAUAACUCCAGUUAUAGCUUAAAAUGCUCCUAGAAUAACUAAUUUCCCUAUAUUUUGAGUUCGCUUCGCUUGCCAAGCAAGAACGACGCCUCUGGACUGCUCUAAAAACUUAGCAGAGGAUAAGAAAUCCUGCACCUGAUAGAGGGGAUCGCUGCAUGUAGAAAGACCAGAGAAUCCACAGAGCUCUGGGAUAUCGAGAAACCCCCAAGGUAUUUGGGAUCGUUGGCAGUACAGGGACUCAAACGAAUGCUUCGGUUCAUGGGCUUCAAGUAUCAGAUAUUGACAAUAAAUUAAGUGGAAAAAAAUCCAUAUUGUUACGUAAAGUCGUAAUCGUUCAUCAUCAGAUCCAAGCUAAAGUGAACUGAUGGAUAAACACCCAUAUCGAAAAAUCAAUAAAUUAAGACUCGAAAGCUGCAGGUGAACAGUAGUAGAAGGACUUUCCACAUUAAUUCCGGCUGUUGAGAGAUAGUGAACGGCACACGUAUCUGUAUUUCCUUGAUACUACCCUCUGGUACUGUUAAAACAUUUAACUUUAUCUUUAACCAAUUCCUAACCCUUUUCGCUACUUUACUUUACCCUAGUGUAAUAUUUCCUUGAUGUCUUGCAAGUAUUUUUGUUUUAACUAUUAGAUUCUUCUGCGAUUUUGUUACUGGUCUGUCGUGAAAUAUGGAGAAAUUGGCGGGAAUUGGAGCCGGGUAAACGGAUGGCAUGACGGUACAAGUUG